UCCCCGAUCCCCUUUGGCUCUUCGUCUGUCGUCUCGGCGCGUCGAGGGAUAGACAAGAUGGCUGGGAUGAAAAUGCUCCUUUUAGCAGCGGUCCUCUAUUUGGGCGGAGUGAAGGUGGCAGCUGGCGCUUCCCGCUCGGAGCAGUGUCGCUCAGAAGGUGGCAGCUGCGUGUCUGCCGGAAGCUGCCGUUCCCCCGCGGUGGCUGCCUCGGCCUGCGAAGACGGACCCGCUGUGUGCUGCAAUCCCUCGGGGUUGAACGCCUUCGCCCGCACACUGGAGCUGGACGGGUUCGAGAUCGGCCUGAGAGUCAACCCUUGCAGCGACCAAAAUGCCGCAGAUGGUACCGAGGUGUCUGGUUGACUGACCCUGCCACCUGCACAGACAAGAAACGGCUGGUGAACUACUGUGCGACCACUAACCAAUGGUGUUGCGCCCCGCCCUGCACGAGGAAGUCCCGCUGCCAGAAGAAGAAGGGAUACUGCGUUCCGAGGAAGGAUAUGUGUCCCAGUGGCAGGACGAGGCGCCGGCUGUGUGGUGGCAGGAUGUGCUUCUGCUGCUUGCCAGAAUGGCCUGUCCCGGCCUGUCCCUGCUCCGCAAAUAGAGUAUCGGUGUGCGAUCCGGCUGGCACUUACGCCCUUGCAGAAGACAGCUGCGUCCAAGUCCACAGCCCGAACUACCCUUACCCUUACGACAACGACGCAGCGUGUUCCCUCAGCGUGGUGGCUCCGAGCUUCUGCAGGAUCACCGUCGAGUACUGCCAGGUGGCGCUCGAGAAGUGCCCCUAUGAUUACGUGAAUGUCACCGACGGCGUGCCCAGCAACUCAUACUGUGGGGUGGUAAGCCCGGCUGCCUUCACCACAGCCGCUAACACAGUCGCCUUCAGUUUCUUCUCGGACUCCAGCCAAGUCAACAGAGGUUUCCAGGCUUCUCUCUCCACCAGCUGCUUCGACUGUACUCAGGGACCGACGUAUCAAGUGUGCACCGACACCGCCGUCACCACCAGCACCGGCGGCCUCAUCAACUCCCCCGGGUACCCAGGGACUUACCCGACCUUCGUGGACUGCACCCUCACCAUCAGCGCUCCUGCAGGCUCCACCAUCACCUUCAGCUACUUGAGUUUCGAGUUGGAGGAUCCGCCGCCCACCUGUGGCUUCGACUACUUCCAGAUCUACGACACGUCUUCACCGUCAACGACAAAAUACUGUGGAACUACCGCGCCCUCGUUCACGGCCUCCUCCACGAACAGCGUGACGAUCAGAUUCUCUUCAGAUAAGUCUGAUGUCUUUUCGGGAUUCUCGAUCUGUUUCGUGGUCGUGUAAUAAGAACUCGGACUGAACUCCCUUACCCGCAGAUGGCAGUCAACGAACCACAACUUCUUUCUAAACUCUCCACGAAAUGCUUCCAAAAUCGAGAAAAUGAGAAAUAAAAAAUCUGUAAAUUACACGGAUCGAUGAAUCAAGAAAUGUAGUAAUUCAGGAUACACCGUCACAGUCCAUUGAAUAAAAUCGAUAAACUUUUGGUAAGUUGUAAGGGAAAACCACGUGACUUUCUUCGCUGUUCUUACCUAAAGAAUGAAGAAUUGUUUCUUGAUAUUACGCUUCUCUUGGUAUAUCAUCCACGUAACUUUACCAUUCUUCGUUUACCUUGAUAUUGAAAAACUUUCCAUUUUAUUCACUUUUCCUACAUAACCCACAUAACUCUUCAUUAUAUCUUUACCUUAACACUGUAAAAUGACCCUGAAAAUUCACUAUUCCUGACUGUAUCUCCCAUAAAACUUCACAUUGUAUCUUUCUCAUAUUACCAAACGCAUAUUUUCCUUGAUACUUAUUUUCCCUGCUUUUUGACCACACAAAAAAAUAGGUUGUAGCCAUCAUAGGGUAUACUCGGCCAUGUGUGGUAGGCUUUCUCGUGUAGACUUCACCACCACACAGAACCUUUAUAUAACUAUUCCCAAAGUGAGAUUAUGUAUUCUGUAGUUGGUAUUCACACUUAUUUAUGAAUUAUGUACUACGGCAUAUGUCCUUGAUGUGCAUUUGCUACAUAUGGUACUGAAUAAAGUUUUUAUCAGCAUGUUA